UUAUUCCCUAUGUAAGUACGUGCCAGAGCUCGUACAUUCCGAUCAUCUACAACCGUGAUGUUUUUAUAAGUACGUGCCAGGGCUCGUAUAUUCCAAUCAUCCACGAGCGUGAUGUUUUUAUUAUGUAAGUACGUGCUCUGGCUGUACAGUUUGAUCAUUUAUAAGCAUGACGAUUUCCUACAAUCGUCGGAGUCACGCCCCGAGAGUAUAGCCCGACGCAGGCACUCUCUUCGACUGUUACUAUGCAGUCAUUCGUAAUUAACUAAAUCGUUGGAGUAUCACCCCGGGAGCAUAGCCAGACGUAGGCACUCUCUCUGUUUGUUAGAUUGCAAUUAACAUAAUAGUUAUUAUUUCGCUCAUAGUCUAUUGUAUAACGCGAGUGAUAAAUAUAGAGUAAGUUCAAUUUAUUCUAUUAUUUCGAACCCCUGAUGACCCAGGAACCGUACAUUUUGGUCCUUUGAGCUAUCCGGGAAUAGCGGGUCUUUCGCGUACAGUUGAUCGCGUUCGCGUUUUUCUCCGUCAUCCUGAAGAUCGGCGCCGUGGAAAAACAUCCCACUGCUGGUUUGUUGGGUCGUCAAGCAAGUAAGAAAUUAUCAUCCGCAUCAAUAGAAAAGAGGAGAGCAAGGAGAAGGAGGAUCCAUAGCGGUCGAAAAGGGAGGCAAGCGACAGUAAGUCCGCUCCCAAUAUUUUCAAGAACCCAUAGCGGUCAAUUAGGGAGGCAAGCGACAGUGAGUCCGCUCCCAAUAUUCUCAAGAACCCAUAGCGGUCAAAUAGGGAGGCAAGCGACAGUGAGUCCGCUCCCAAUAUUCUCAAGAACCCAUAGCGGUCAAUUAGGGAGGCAAGCGACAGUGAGUCCGCUCCCAAUAUUCUCAAGAACCCAUAGCGGUCAAUUAGGGAGGCAAGCGACAGUGAGUCCGCUCCCAAUAUUCUCAAGAACCCAUAGCGGUCAAUUAGGGAGGCAAGCGACAGUGAGUCCGCUCCCAAUAUUUUCAAGAGCCCAUAGCGGUCAAAUAGGGAGGCAAGCGACAGUGAGUCCGCUCCCAAUAUUUUCAAGAACCCAUAGCGGUCAAUUAGGGAGGCAAGCGACAGUGAGUCCGCUCCCAACAUUUUCAAGGACCCAUAGCGGUCAAAAAGUAUAUCAGCGUCCUUUGAACCUAGAAGAAGGCAACGGACGUAAAUCUUCAACAUACGGAGGCAUCUACAGUAAGUCCUUUCCAUUUGUUUUGAGCACUAUAUUUCUGAGAAUUAUCUCAUUUGUGAGCAUAAAUUUACUAAGAAUGAUCUGAAGCAUUCAUUGAGCAUUUUAUCACGUAUAAGCAUUUAAGAAUUUAUAAUGCAAUAUUUACAAAGCGUUUAGUUAAUUAUUAUAUUAAGCAUAAUGGAGAAUUUAUUCCAAGCUUCGUUUACCGACGGUCUGAAAACCAUCAGGCAUUCAAGAAAAACCGAAGAGUUGCUUCGCAAACAAGCAUAUUUAUUUAGGUCGCUUGAUAAGAUUUUUGAACUAUCAAAUGUAUACUCCGAAUCCGACAAAGAUGAACUUGAAGGAGCGCUAGACGAAAUAAAGUGGCAUUGGGAUUUAAUUUUUAAAACCCAUAUCGACAUACUUGUUGAUCAUGGCGGAUCCUACUCUGAGUAUGAAAAUAUAUAUUACGAGAAGCAAGCUAUAUGUAGGCGCCAAAAGAGAAAGAUAUAUCUCAAAUUACAUUCUUUAGAAACGCAUAUGGAUUCACCGGUACUUUAUUCAUAUAAUUCAGAAAAUUUCUUAUAUGCCUUGGAAACAGGUAAUAAUCAAACCUGGAAAGAUUCAAUUGCAAAACAACAGCAACCUUCAUCAAAUUUUAGCAUCAGCAAAAAUUCGCUGUCAACGCAUUUCGAUACACAAGGUCAAGGAAAUGCAAAUUUAAAUUGUAAUUCUACGCAAGCAGAGCAAUCAUUUCAAUAUAAAUCGGACAAGAAAAUCUCUUCGUCUUCGGCAAUGGUGGAAGGUUUAGCAGAAAGUGGUAACAAUCAGCAGAUACCAUCAGGCAUAGCAAUGAUGCCAAUACAGAAGACCACUGAUGUGCAGCAGGAAACAUCGAUAGUGGCAUUGGCGGAAGCAGUGGCAGCCAGUCUCGGAGUGGACUCCAAAGAGCCCACCCGGUACCGGACUCCGAUAGGUCUUAGUGUUAAUCACAGUAUACAUGCAGAUACUUAUCAAGGCGGAGAAUUAUCCAAAUUGGCAGAAAGCGUAGCACAGUCGUUAACUGACUACAGCAAGGAGCAACAUAGCACAGAAGAAAAAGAAAGUUUGUCUCAGUCCAUUUCUUAUAAGAAGAAUAAAAACUUAAAUAGCAGCUUAGUAUUGUCUAAGCCUUUGUUAGAAGCACCGAUUCAAUUGUAUACGGAACCCUAUUUGCAACACAACUUAACACAAGGGUCCGACGUAGUUGUAAGAAACAAAAGCAUUAGAACUAGAAAGAGUUAUGGCAAAUUUUCGCAUGGAUCAGAAAAGGUUACACGCAAAUUAAAUGGAUUGCCUAUCAACAAAGGCAAGAAAAAUAAGAAACAAGCAUUCGUGAAAAAGGAAUUUCGAAGAAGAAAAAAUGGUGUUAAGAUAAGAAAGGAAUUUACACGAAGGUCAAAAAGAAAGGCCAGAAAGAGUGGUGAUAUCUUUCGUAAAAGGGGAAGAUUGCGAAACGUUAUCGUUCCGCAAUAUAGCAGGCUCACCGAUUCAAGAUUUCAUAAAAAUAACAUACAGCAAACUUAUUCGGUUAUGCAAUCCUAUGAGUCAAAUAUGAGUAAUCAGAGGAAGAGAAAGAAAAGCACCAUAUAUAAAGUAAUACUUAAAAUUCCUUUAAGCAUACAAACCAGAGACUAUGUUUCGUAUGUUCAGUUCCAUUUAUGUAUAACAUACAUUGUCGAAACUUUAUAUUAAAUUAUACAUACAUCAAUUAACAUAAAUCAUUUAUAACGUGAGAAACGAUAAUUAAUAUAAUAUCAUAAACAAUGAAUGGAAUGCCAGUUCAGCAAAAUAUCAUAUGUUAGCAAGUGGAAUGACCUACUGUGAAAGACGUCAACUACAAUGAAUAAUAUUAUGCAAGAUAUCAAAUUACCGAGGUACGGUUGCAUUUUACAACAAUUAUUUUUAACCUAGAUAUUGGUUGCAUUCACCAAACCUGUAAUAUAUUUUGUAUGCUCAUGAUAGUUCUCAGAAUGUGCUCAAGACAGGUAGUGGAUAGGAUAUUAUAAUCAUAUAAAGAUCAGGAGACGUCACGGAGCAGUAGGUGCAGCAUCGGCAGAAUCAGCAGCCGGUUUCGCAGUGGCCUCAGGGGAAGCCACCCGGGACCGGACACCGGUUAGGUAGUGCAAAGGCCCAUGAGCUAUGGGUCCUAGUGUUAGUGAUAGUGCUGUGAUUAAAGUGUUAGCAUAAACCUAGAGACUGUUAAGCAUAUGAUGAAAUCAUCUUGUAAAGCACUACAUAUUCAUCUUGCACUUUUGCCUGGGGGAGUAUGUACGAGCCAAGGCUGUACAUCUUGCACUUUUGCCUGGGGGAGUAUGUACGAGCCAAGGCUGUACAUUUUACUCGCUCAGGCUUCCUUAGUUUUAUAAGCUUAAUUAUUUCCUAUUUAAGUACGUGCUAGGGAUCGUACAUUCCAAUCAUCCACAAGCGUGAUGUUUUUAUAAGUACGUGCCAGGGCUCGUACAUUUCAAGCAUCCACGAGCGUGAUGUUUUUAUUAUGUAAGUACGUGCUCUGGCUGUACAGUUUGAUCAUUUAUAAGCAUGACGAUUUCCUACAUCGUCGGAGUCACGCCCCGAGAGUAUAGCCCGACGCAGGCACUCUCUUCGACUGUUACUAUGCAGUCAUUCGUAAUUAACUAAAUCGUUGGAGUUUCAACCCGGGAGCAUAGCCAGACGUAGGCACUCUCUCUGUUUGUUAGAUUGCACUUAUUAUAUAGAAAUUAACAUAAUAGUUAUUAUUCCGCUCAUAUUCUAUUGUAUAACG